CAGAUCUUAAUCUCCAUGAGAUGGCCUGAUUAAAUAAAGACUAAAUAAAAAUGGCAAGAUGGAGCUGGAGUGUCGAAGCUUCACUCUACCUCAGCAGUUCACUCCUAAGUAUAAAGAACCAGGAAACCACAACAGUGGAGAGGACAUGCUGCGCACCUACCUGUGGAGGUGCCAGUUCCUGCUGCCACUGGUGUCUUUGGGCCUGGUGUUGGCAGGCCUGACUGGGUUCUGUGCCUGCCUCUGCCGAAGUCUCGCACCUCCACUUGGCAUAGGAGUCCUUCACCUGCUGGCUGGGGAAAAAGGGAGACAAGGGUGA